AUGCCUGCUGGUUACGAUUCACCGCGUGCACCCCCGCCUCCUCCGCCUCCCGGUGCUCCGCCGCCGCCUCACGCACCUCCUCCAUCGCACGGACCACCCCCUCCGCCUGGCCCGCCUCCAGGCUUCCGUCCCCCAGGCUUCGACUUCGAUGAUUUCUUCAACGGCGGACCGUUCCCGAACUUCGAGCAUGGCCCUCACUCCCACCACCACCACCACGGCCCGCCAGGUUUCGGACCCGACUUCUUCGGCGGUAGGCGCGGCCACCGCGGUCGUGGCGGAGACACCGACGACGAAUACGCUGAGAUGAUGGAACAGUUCCGCGGAUGGGGCGGACGGGGUCCUGGUCGGCGCGGACACGGACACGGCCAUCGGCGCCGUGGUGGCCCGCCUGAGGACAAGGAAGAUACGAACGACGACAGCGGGCCCGAGGGCUUCGUCGAUGUCGAUGGCGAAGAGCGCGAAGGCUCUCGUCCUCCUCCGCGCGGCCCGCACGGACACGGUCGCCACGGACAUCGCUUUGGCGCUCCGCCUCCUCCCCCGCCACCACCGCCGCCUCCGCCGCCGGGCGAGGCUUGGGCUCACUCCGGUUUUGACGGUCCUUGGGGCCACUUCGGUCCUGGUGGAGCCUGGGGAGGCGCGUUUGCAGGCCACUUCGGCCCGCGCGGCCAUCGCGGCCGCGGCGGAUUCGGCCAUGGCAAGAAGCCCUUCCCGCGUGUCGACAUCCUCGCGAACGAUGCGCAGAUCGUGCUUGAGGUCGAGCUACCGGGCGCACGCAAGGAAGACAUCACCGCGCGCGUUGACGAUGAAGGCGCGAGCGUUACGAUUGAGGGGUCGUUCCCCGCUCGUGCGGAGGGCGAGCUGAAGCGCGUGUAUGGCGAGCGCCGCGUUGAGGGUGGUGCUGAGUUCUCCCGCACGAUCCCGCUUCCUGGACCAGCCGAUAAGGAUAGCGUUCGCGCGAAGUUAGCGGAUGGUGUGCUCACCGUCACGCUCGCGAAGAUUCAGGUUGAGGAGCCGCAGGGAACGCCGGUGAACAUCGAGUAA